AUGACUCGUAUUUCAGCCGGAUCCAGGCUGGAGCAACUGCCUCAGCAUCUGCUGCUUAGCAUCUGCGAGUACCUCGCCGAGUGUGAACCGACAACAAAGCGCAGCCUCUGCGCCUUCGCCUUGGCCAGCCAGACGUGCCGCAAUGCCACAGACCCCCGGCGGUUCCGCCGGAUGAACAUUUUUAUACGCGGACCGCAGAAGCUACAGCGUGACAUGCAGCGUUGGCGACAGACUAUCCAGACAGGGCGUCGGACGAGAUUCGUGCGCGUUAUCAAAAUAGCAGGGGAGACUAUAUCAGCGGAAGAAGAGAAGCGAGAAGAGGCGGUAGGCUAUGACCUUGAGCUAAUGUGCAAGCGAUUAAGGCCGGGCAUGGUCAACAGAGUGGAUGAUGAACACCCCGAGCUGCUCAGCGGAAUGGACUAUCCACUUUGCUUUUACCCAGCUCCUUCGAGCCCGUCGACACAGUGGCCAGAUGAGCAGCCAUGGCAAGCUCUAGUCGAACUUUGCAAGGAGCUGCCGCUGCUCGAGGACGUCGUGUUUGCGUCCUCGGACCAGUUCCCGCGGGCACUUUUGUCCGAACUCCACCAAAACCACCCGCAGAGCCGUCUGCAUAUGCGUAAUUUUGGCCUCCGCAGUCUCAUCCACUCCGAGCUCGAGGAGAGACCAGCCAUACACGCAGACGACAUUGCGCUCGCCACUUCCCCCUGCCUUUAUAGUGUCGUGGCUGUCACCUCGCAGCAUCGCCGGGAACAGGUCGUCGACUAUAACAAGGAGGCCAUUAUGGAAAUGACUGCUGGUCUGGCACCGAGGCUCACGAAUGUGUGCAUCUUCGGGGAUACCAUGCAAAGCUCGCGGACUCCUAUGAGCACUAUUCCACGCCCACCAUGGCAAGGUUUCCCGUCGUCCCUUGUCGAGGCGGAUCGUAGGCAACAACCCACUUUAGGUCACCUUCAGGAAUUGGUUCUAAACACUUGCCCAUCGGCGGAAGAGCUCCUUGAAUGGACUCGUCGGACAAACUUCAGCCAGCUACAGUUGCUCACACUGAGACGUGAAGUUCAUAGUUCGACCAUGCAACAGCUAGUACGGAUAGCGCGUCAAAGUCCCAUGACAGCACUAUCGUCACUACAAAUAUCUGCUAGAUCAUGGUCUGGCCAGGAAGAUAUGGACAUGAAGCAUGCAGUGGCUCAACUCCUAGAGACUCUCCCUUCCCUCCGGAGCCUGACUUUUUACGGGCCAUCAGAGGUGACUUCCUUGAGCACCAUCUUGUCCAGUCAAUUGGCCACACUUCGUAGGUUAGAGGUUUUGAGUACUGGUGAGGAGCGCCAAGGCCCAGGCUCAUCGAUGCUGUCACUCGUGUCCGCGGAUCAACUCGCGCGACAGUGUCCUCAGCUUGAGGAGCUAGAAGUGCAGAUGGCCAGAGCACAAGGCGAUGCCCGCGAAACGGCCAUCUAUCACCGUCUAGGCAAAUUGCCACGUCUCAAGAGCCUGACUCUGCAUCUCAGAAUCCAAAGAAUUUCCCCGUCAGACAUGCACAGCGGCUUCAUCUUAAUAGCAUUCGGCGACCAUUGGAACAUGACGGUCCCGGAGGUCCAGCACCGGUACCGAGAAGCCGCCAUCGAUGCAAAGCUAGCUCUAUCCAUAUUCAGCAUGAUUGGUAGGAUAAACAACCUGCGCGCGCUACAGCUUCGCCCAUAUGGCGACUACCGGGGGCCGAUGAACGGCCUUGGCCGGUGGAUGUGCUGGCUCGCGAGGAGGUGGGUAGUUGAGAGAGACUCGGCAGGCAAUGUCAUGGCCAGAGAACUGGAUGCACAAAAGCGAAAAGAGGCCCUGGAGGAACUGCAGUCGCAGAGGAAUGAUGAAGAAUGGCAGACGUGCAAAAAGGCAUGGGAUACACUCUGGCCGCCGCGUUCUGCGCAGUGGUGGGAUGAGUGGUCCAGUGUACCACUCAAGUCGGGCUCUGAAAUGGAGACGAUACGAGAUGACAUCGAGAAGCGGGCGAGCAGCGACGCUGCCCGAGAGGAAAGUCGGGUUGUCUGA